AAGAAGAAGAAAGAGGAAGAAAGAAGAAGAAAGUCAACAAAUGUGAUCAUCAAACCGCGACUAAACAAGCUGAUGAAAUCGCUUGUAUUUCUAUCUUCUACUCCUUUCAGCCUUUAAACCGACACAUCAACAGUCAUGUCGGUGUUACAGACGCUUCUUGUCCGCUUACCUUCAUCACGUUAUUCCGGGAAGAUGCUGGCGGUCAGCCGGUUGUUGCGGUGUUGUCACGGUCGGUUUCACUGUUGUCCUCCAGGACCACAGACGACCUCAGUCCGGAGGUUUGACAGGUUUCUGUCCACACAGCAGAAUCAGCACAGCUUUCAUCACCUGUUACCUGCUGACAGAAAUGAAGCUGAUCUGAGAAGAUACAGAAGAUUUUCCACAACUCCCACUGUCAGAAGUGAUGCUGUUGGGAAGAUCCAGACAACACAUUAUCAACUGGUUUACACAUGCAAGGUUUGCUCCACCAGGUCCAUGCAGAAGAUUUCCAAGCUGUCGUACCACAAAGGUGUUGUGAUAGUCACAUGUAAGGGAUGUAAGAACCACCACAUCAUUGCUGAUAACCUCGGCUGGUUCUCUGACCUGGAGGGGAAAAGAAACAUCGAGGAAAUCCUCGCUGCCAAAGGAGAGACGGUGAAGAGGGUUGAAGGAAGUGAUGCUUUGGAGAUCGUGGUGGAUGAAUCCAGCAAAGAGAAGUUACAGCGUGGCGAAGACACUGAAAAAGCAGACAGUGACCCAGAAAAACAGUAAUACUGUGUUUACACUGUAUAUGUAUAUUGUAAGAUGUUUAUAUUAAAUUUUAUAAUAAAUACAAAUCUUUUUAAUCUA